AUGGCAACAGUUGUGAAUGUGGAGCAGGUUGCGGUCGAGAAGGCAGAAGAUCAGUACGCCAACUUCAUUGCAUCCCUUGCCGAGAAAGCGAAGACUUCAAGAAUCUUCCUGAGAUAUAAGGUCCUCGACACUUUCCUGCAUCUCGACAGCUAUCCGGGCCCAAACGGUAUUCCAUUCCAUGUCCGAGACGCUAAAUUAUCACUCAUAUCGUUCGAUAAGUCUGGUAAUUUGACUCUUACCCCCGAUAUAAAGGAACAUGAAAUCGCUCUCAAGGUCGAUAUGGAUUCCUCUCGCCAAAUAUUUAUAGUUGAAAACAUAACUCCGAAGGUAAUCCGUAUCUUUGGCGGGCUUUGGAAUGUCGAUCCCCAGUUCUUCCUCGACUAUAUUGAUGCCGUGCCGUCCGAGAUGGAUAUCACGAAAGAGGUAACACCACCCAGGCCCGAUCUGAUUCCCACGGCAUGGUACCGCCACCAGGCUGUUGAGGGAUGCCUGCCUAUUUUGAAGUCGAUGAGUACUCGUUAUGAUCAUGUGUCAUUUCGAUUUGUUGGCCCCAGAGAGUACAAACGAGAAGAUUCCUGCAAGGUGUUGGAGCGAAUGAAGCCCGAUAUGAAGGAAUUGAACGUUGAGCGAAUUGCAGGGCUUCAUGUUCCCAUAACCAGAAAGCUAGGCAGAGGAGGUCGACAAUUCGACAACGUUGCAAUGACGCGUCAUUGCUCUUCUAUCUGGUUCAAACAGCCUGACGAUUCUACUCAUUCGGAGUGGACGAAAGCAGUCAUACUGAUUGACCCUCCUUUCGAACCUGAAGAUGGCGAAAACAUGUACGGCACCAGAGCUGACUCGGCGUACCGUUCCUUCAUCUGCCGUCCGUUACCAAACGAAGGGAGUGACUUUCAUCCCCUCGUUGUAACUCAAGCAGUGGCUCGCAUCAUAGCAUCUGAGUGGAUUUCCACCAGCGCCUACAUUGAGCGGGACCUUAACACCCUCGAAUGGAGGCUUGAGAACGAUGAGCCCGGCAUGAUAAUACUGGAAAGUUUCCUCAAGAAGCUAUUUAUUCUACGUCGUCAGAUUCGUAAGUACCAGGGUUUAGUUGAUGAACAGUCGCAACUCUUCCGAAAGUAUUUGCCACACGCCUGGAUAACAACAUAUUCACCUACAACUGAGAAAGCAAGGGCCUACAUGGAAGGGGAUUUCGAGCAGGUCAGGAGCACUAUACUGGAUAACGCAGCCCGGUUAUCCGACACUCUAGGCCUCGUCACCUCCAUGAUUCAAAUUAGGAAGGGGGAGCAGUCCGCCAAGCAGAAUGAUAGGCUAUCAUUCUUGACUGUCAUAGCCACUGUUGUGCUUCCUUCCAAUGCCUUGGCUGCCAUUCUUGGUUCUGGAUGCAUCACGUGGGGGAAAUACAUGCAAAGUCGGAAUGAAGGCUAA